GUCGAAUUUGACCGCUGCGCCAUGGGCUUUAUAAAUCAGGCUCACCGUUCUAUUCUAUGAACCACAUCAACUGUCCCUCUUUCUCUCACAACAUGGAUAGAUGCCUCUGUUUCUUCUCCUUUGCUGGACCAGCUUAUCUGCUCACAGAGGCUGCAGUUGGAAGCCAUGCGACGUCACCAUUUGAGGCUUAUUGGCAGAAGGUGCUGCCAAACACUCCAAUGCCAAGCGCUAUACGAGAUUUCUUCAACCUGGAUUUUAUCAACGAGAAGACAGGCAAACCGAAGGUUGGAGUCAAUAUGAACACAGGCCACAAGGGAAAUCCGGAAGUCAAUAUGAACACAGGC